AUGAACUUCGAGUUGAGCAUCAACACCCCUACGCGUCCCACGCGUUGGGUUUCCAACGAAACGCCAUCACCUCCGGUGAACAUUUCCUUCUCGACUCCGGACCGUUUCAUUUCCGAUCGGAAUUCACAGGAUAAUUCCAUAUCACAUUUCUUCCUCACAACAAAAGAGAAUGUUGUGCCACUGCGUACCGCGUCAGGUCAGAGGGCCCAUUCCUCAGUGAUGGUGACGCCGCCAAAUCGUGGCACGACGGGUGGUGGUGGUGGUGGGGCCUCUGCUCCACCCGUCUUUGGUGGUGGCGGCGGCAGUAGUGGUGGUGGAAGCCCCAGCAAAUCUGCCAAACGCGCCGCUCAAUGUAGUUACACAUGUGCACCAGAGCUCGGUACGGAACCAUACACAAAUAAACUUGCCCGUACACUUUUCCCGGGCACCCAGUCUACUGUUUUGGGGAUUAACAGUCAGGUGCAACCGCGGCCCGCACCAGAAACAGAGCAGGAGCGGUACAGCAACUCGCUGGGUGUGGUAUUCGAGGAAAAUCGGGCAAGGAAUUUUAUGUCAAGAACGUUCCGGGUUAUAUCGCGAGCUCCAGAGCGUAUUCUCGACGCGGUGGAUAUGAUAGACGACUUUUACCUUCAGCUCAUGGAUUGGUCCGCAAAGGACGUCCUCGCUGUGGGGUUGCAAGGGUCUGUCUACCUGUGGUAUGAGAAAACAUCUAACAUUGCGCAGCUCCCGUGCCAACGACCAGCCAACGGGAUCAUUUGCGGUGUUAGUUGGAGUGAGGAUGGAAAUCACUUGGCCCUGGGCGCUGACGACGGCUCAGUGGAGAUUUGGGAUGUAGAGGCGGAGCGCAUUACACGCCGAUUGCAUCACCACACGGAUCGUGUGGGGGCUCUCUCAUGGAAUGGAAGCGUCCUUUCAAGCGGCAGCAAGGACACAACCAUUCGUAUUAAUGAUCUACGGGACCCUCUAGGCACAUGGACGCUGCAGGCUCACCGGCAAAGUGUGUGUGGUUUGCGCUGGUCACCUGAUGGAUUGCGCCUGGCAAGUGGUGGAAACGACAAUCAACUUCUGCUCUGGGACAUGCGCACUUUAUCCAUGAACUCAACACCCUCCAUGUUACUCAAUAAGCACACAGCAGCGGUAAAAGCAAUUGCGUGGAAUCCAGUGCAACACAAUCUUCUGGUUAGUGGCGGCGGUUCUGAUGACAAGAUGUUGCGCUUCUGGAACACGUCGACCGGUGAGUGCAUAAGCAACUUUAACGCAGAAAGCCAGGUGUGUGGCGUACUGUGGAACCAUGGCGGUACAGAACUUGUAAGUUCCCAUGGCUAUUCCCACAAUCGCCUUACAAUUUGGAAGUACCCAACGAUGCGGCGCGUUGCGGACUUGGCAGGGCAUACGUCACGUGUUCUGCACAUGUGCAUGUCAACUGAUGGGGAGGUGGUGGUAUCCGCAGCAGCUGAUGAGACAAUUAGGUUUUGGCGUUGCUUCUCCCCAUGCGAACAAACAAAUUACUGCCGAACCCGACACGAGAGCCAUCGUGACCCGAAUUGCGUACCACCCGGACUGGGGGUAAAUGCGCUUCAGUUGGACACAAGCCUGCGUGAUGAGCUCCCCUUGCGCUGA